AUGUCCAAGCGCUUCCAUUAUGUAUCCACAGAAGAUGAGAGAGGUAAGUUCCUGAAUCCUCCUCCUCUGUGCAGUGGGGUCUGGGUUUACCAUGUGCUGCCCACAGCAGCAACAAAUGUAUUCUUUGUGACGCGGCAACACUUUGUGACGUGGCAACACUUUGUGACGCUGCAACACUUUGUGACGCUGCAACACUUUGUGACGCUGCAACACUUUGUGACGCUGCAACACUUUGUGACGUGGCAACACUUUGUGACGUGGCAACACUUUGUGACGUGGCAACACUUUGUGACGCUGCAACACUUUGUGACGCUGCAACACUUUGUGACGCUGCAACACUUUGUGACGCUGCAACACUUUGUGACGUGGCAACACUUUGUGACGCUGCAACACUUUGUGACGUGGCAACACUUUGUGACGCUGCAACACUUUGUGACGCUGCAACACUUUGUGACGCUGCAACACUUUUUGACGCUGCAACACUUUUUGACGCUGCAACACUUUUUGACGCUGCAACACUUUGUGACGCUGCAACACUUUGUGACGCUGCAACACUUUGUGACGCUGCAACACUUUGUGACGCUGCAACACUUUGUGACGUCGCAACACUUUGUGACGCUGCAACACUUUGUGACGCUGCAACACUUUGUGACGCUGCAACACUUUGUGACGCUGCAACACUUUGUGACGCUGCAACACUUUGUGACGCUGCAACACUUUGUGACGUGCCAACACUUUGUGACGUGCCAACACUUUGUGACGCUGCAACACUUUGUGACGUGCCAACACUUUGUGACGUGCCAACACUUUGUGACGUGCCAACACUUUGUGACGCUGCUGCACUUUGUGACGCUGCAACACUUUGUGACGUGCCAACACUUUGUGACGUGCCAACACUUUGUGACGCUGCUGCACUUUGUGACGCUGCAGGUCUGA